AUGGCUCGGUUGAAUGACUAUGCGGCUCCUGCCGAGUCCAUUGAUGCUUUGAAGCGACGAUUUGUGCGACAAAACCGUGAGAUCGCGAGGGUGAAUUCCUUGCAAUCUCUUCGUAUUCGCAGCCUAGAGUCGGAAGUGUCGCAUCUACUUUCGGAGAAUGUGUCGCUUCGGAAACAGGUCAUCAAUCUCACCCAGGAAACUGAAAGACUGGAAGCAGGGAAAAUGCUGCACAAUGGAAUAUACGACAUCAAAUCCAAGCUAGAUGCCAAACUAGCCGAGUUGAGCAAUUUGGCGGCAGAUUUGGGCUCAUUACCCCGCAAGGUGGGCAAGAUUUGCGACGAACAGUCUGAUAGACCCAAGCAGGCGGUAGAGUCGAGACCUAGGACAGAAGACAUGAUGGAAGGCGAAGAUGGAAGGCUUCCUGCCAUUGUCGAGGACAAAUAUUACCCUCGGCGGACCCUAGAGCCCCAGGAACUCGACAGCCUGGUCCACGACGACCACAGCAUUCUAGAUUCUCCGCCACAGUUCAGUUUCAUGCCGGAGGAAGAGGAUGCACCCAUCGAACAUUCAAGUCCAUCGCCACCGGAAUCAACAUUCAGAAGCCAGAUCAACAAUGAUAUACCCGAAGAACCAGAGCCAUUACUUCCUCCAACUCUCGAGACACGCAAGAAAAAGAAGUCGAGUUCGAUUAUUGCGCCUGAAAUUAGCCCAUUGCCAACAGAACGACAACCAAAUCCGCCCAUUGAUACAACACAGCACGCAACAUCGGUUUCGACGAAGCGCAAAUACAUACCCGAAGAUGAUGACAGGUUUACGUCCAACCUUAAUGUCGACGAAGAUGAAUUCCAAUUCACCCGCCCCAGCCAUAGCCCAAAAAAGCAAAUGAACCCAUUCGAAGAUACACAGCGAGACCAGUCACCCACUAAAAGCCAUGUUGAAGUGACAAGAGGAUCAAAAACCCCUGUCCUGUCUGUGCGGAAGGUCCUCGAACCAAAGAGUGCAAAUUCCAAUCUAGGCUCUCCCAAGAAGGCCCGCAUGUCUUCGUACAAGGACUCUAAGCUUCUGCAAAGGUGUACCAAGGGUGACGAGAAUAACAACUCGCCACAGAAAGUCAAGGAUGCCGAGAAACUCAGUGGCAAGACCGUCAAUCAAAAGCCGCGAGUGUCCAGAAUCGCCCCUACAAACAAAGAAAAGCGCGCCAGUCGCUCUGCCCCUCCCCAGCUGGAAGAGCCAGCCCCACGCCAGUCAGCACUGUCACCACAUCCGAAUGCAAUGAGGACGGAGGAAGAGUCUGCAAUUCGGCCUUCCCGACGUCGUGGUGCUGUGGUUAGCUAUGCAGAGCCUAACCUACGGGACAAGAUGCGCCGCCCUACCAAGGAAAUGAUCGAUGCUGUUGCACUUGGAUCGCGAAGGUCCUCCAGUUUCCUGGCAGGUCGGGAAAGUUUGGACGGCGCAGAGGGCGGCCACACCCAGCCUCAUGGCAGUCUCCCGGCUGAUUUCACUCUUGCGGCGCAGAGCUCAGAUCUUUCCGUGGAUGGAUCCUCAGAACAGCUGCUAGCAAUGGUCUCCCGUAGAAAACGCAAGGUAUCGUCGACCCCAAAAGACGACAGCGAUGCGGGGAAUCCAAGCUCUGGCCUUAAGAAAGAGAUCGAGGACAGUCUGGCGGAUAUCUCAGCCCAAGUAUCUCAAAAGCCAUUGAAUUCGAGGCGUCAGACUCGACGUCACUCGUCAAACCCCAAAAGUACAACAGCAAACAUGGCACAAUACGACGUGGACCAGGGUGAACCACAAUCCCCAAUCGGCGACUCUCCAGAAGAUGAAGACUCAUUUGGACCAAACGGUGCUACAAUGGAUACCAGUGACGUUAGGCGUGGCCAGCGCGUUGCUGCAAGGAGAAAAAGCAUGAUGGUAUGA